AUGCCGUCUUCAAAGGACCAAGAAACUCAGGCCUCGGGAGACUCUAGCAGUAAACAAAACCACCACCGGCACUCUAUGCUGCAAGAAUUCCUUCGUGCUGAGCCAACUGUGUCCGAACGACUCUCCGGAGUACUCACGUCCAAGAAAAGGGGGGAGAACGAAAAAGGACACGAUGAUAAGGCCAAGGAAGCGAUUAGGAAGUUCGAGAAUGCCUGGCGCAACGCGAGCCAAUGA